AUGUGUGUGACUGUUUUAUACUUAGUAUUUGUAAUAAUUGUUGUUGCGGAGUAUUGUCUUGAUGAAAUGGAAUGCCGCAAUGAUAUCUAUCAACAAUCUACAAAUUGUUCUUCGAAAACAUGGCAUCUUUUUGAAUCAAUUUUAACACUAAAGUCUAAUGUAAAUGUUAAUACCAUUGGCAUGAAAAUAGAAAAAAGUUCAUUAGUAUGUGAACCAAAUUCCAAUUUGAUAGUAACUGGUAUUUUUUACUCUUUGGGUAAUUCCUCUUAUAACAAUUUAAGAUUUCAACCUUAUUCACACUAUUCAUUCAAUGAUUCAACACUUGUCUUAACGACAUUUUCUUUAGAUGAUUCAUCCACUGCAAUAAGCAACAGUUUUUCUUUUGCUGGUACAAGUAAAGGGACAUUAGGAGGUUCUUCUAUUUUUAACACAGAUGUAUUGAAAAUACAACAAACUUCUAAUUUAGAAGCUUAUAACACAUCUUCUAUUGAAUGUAAAAUCAUUUUAAUUGAUGAAGCUUCUAUGGUUUCAUUAUAUAAUGAUUCAAUGCUAAAUUCAAACACAAUCGUGACAACUUCUGGAGCAACAUUAAAUAUUUACAACAACUCGACUAUCAAAUGUGACUUAUUGAAUUGUACAAAUGGUUCAAAUGUGAAUUUGAUUAACAACACUGUCAUACACACAAAUUCCAUUGAUAUAAAUAAUGGGACAUCUCUACAUUUGUAUAAUAAAACCUUUUUGGAUAUAAACAAUUUUUUGACUUUCAUAAACUCCGUAUUAGAUCUCAGAGAUGGCUCAAGAAUACAUUCAGAUUUCAUCUACUUGAAACCAAUAAAUUUCGCUUUAUUUUCAGAAAAAACAUUAGCUAUGAUGGUCUCCAAUUUUUUAUCAUUUCAGUUAUCUUCUUCCUAUGUUUUGACAGUGGAGAAAUCCCCUUAUAUCAAAACCAAUUUUUUGACUUUAGAUUUUUUAGGUGGAAUUAUCAAUGUAAUAAACAGAGAAAGGUUUGACAUGCCUUUAUUUGUGACAAAAAAUAGUACAAUUCAAAAUUUAAAUGAAAUAUCAAUUGCUGAUUCGAUUGAACAAUUUGAUUUCAUUUAUUCAGAUGAAAUAAUUGAAAACGAUUUUAUAACACCCAAAUGUAAAAUCAUGAAAGGACAAUUAAUUAGGUGUGGUGGCAACAUGGAUGAUACUUUAUUUUGUCACAUCAUUAGGGUGUCAAAUAACAACAACAAGUACAUUGAAAGUUGUUAUAAUGACUAUAUUGAAGACUAUUAUUUGGUUCCAAUUAAUGAUGUUUAUAUGAUUUUUGUCAGGAGCGAGUUAUCAAAAGGUGUUGUUAAUAAUAAAAAAUCAAAUAAAAAAGAAUUAAACACACAAACUUUAUAUGUGACUUUGGGUGAAACAACUGUGAUACUGGAUAAAGUCACUGAUUAUAUCCACAUUAAUGUCACUUCCCAAACUCCAAAUGAAAUUACCACCAACUUAUUUUCACAAUUAUCAAAUCAGAAACAAAUUCUUGUUACGUUCUCCAGUUCAAAAGGUGUUUUAUUUGUACAUUAUCUAUGUAGGAAUGGGUUUAUAACCACAAGUAAAAUUGUUUGUAUCUCAAAUGCGACAUGUGAAAAUGGUAUUUUUGAUUCGACAAAAGGGCAAUGUCAAAAAUGUCAACAUACAAAUUGUGCUAAAUGUACAUUCGACGACCAAAUUGAAAAUUGUCAAAAAUGUGAUUCUCCUUAUGAACUUAAUAACAAUACUUGUAUGAAACAAUCAAUUUGUAAAUUAUCUGAUGGUAACACGUGUAUUGUAUGUAAUGAUGGGUAUAUAAUUAAAAAUAAAGUUUGUGUUAAAUUAGAUGGGAAAUGCCAAAUUGAAAGAAAUGGUUUGUGUGAAUUGUGUGAUCCUGUUUUUUCAAGUUUAAUUUCUAUAUCAGGCGAGUGUAAAAGUGUUGAAAAUGUUAUUCAGCAUAGUGCGCAGAGUGUUUUAGAAUGCAACAAAGAAUACAUAUCAAAUUCUUCAUAUUGUAACAAGUGUGAUCUGAUACAAGAUAAUUGUGAUAUUUGCGACUUAAUGUUUUGUACAAAGUGUUUAAAUUCUUUUGUAAUUUCACAAAAUACAAAGUGUGUAACUUCUUCAUGUGAUAUUGUUAAUAACACUUUUAAAGAUCAAAAUGGUAAUUGUCUUCCAGAUAUAACAAAUUGUGAAAUUGUUGUAAAUGGAAAGUGUGUUAAAUGUAUUAAUAAUUACUUUUUAGAAAACAAUACAUGCAUAACAAACAACAAUAACACUUUAUGUGCAGUUGGUACUUCAUUCGGAUGCACUCGUUGUAUCAAUGGUUUUUAUUAUUCUUAUAACACGAAAACGUGUGAACAAUGUAACUCGAAUUGUCAGACAUGUCUUAGUCAAUCAAUUUGUUUGUCAUGUAAUGAAGGUAUGUUUUUGAGUGACCAUGUGUGUAAGUCAAAUGAUGAAUUAAAAGGUUCAUGUAAGAAGUUUUCAAAUACAGGAAGUGGGUGUUAUCAAUGUUAUGAUGGGUAUUAUAGAAACGGAAAUGAUUGCAAACAUUGUGACAUCAGCUGUGAUACAUGCCUUCGCUUUUCUGAUUGUUUCACUUGCAAUUUAACUAAUUUUAAAGAUUUUGAAGGUAAUUGUAAACCACAGACUGAUCUUAUUGGAUGUGCAGUUCAAGUAACACAGAACGGAUGUUCUAUCUGUAAACCCGGCUAUUAUUCAACAAACAAUGAAUGUGGAAUUUGUUCAAACAAUUGUAAAGAGUGUAUUUUAUAUAAUAAGUGUUCUUCAUGUCAAGAUGAUUAUAUUUUGAUUAACAGUGAAUGCAAAAUCUAUUCUUCAGUUGACUCUUGUAAAUCUGGAAUGGAUUCCAAGUGUUCCAAAUGUUCAUUUUGGAAGAAGCCAAAUGAAAGUGGUACCUUCUGUCAAAACUCACCAGUUUGGUGGCUAAUAGUUAUUAUUAUAAUUAUAAUAUUAUUAGUUGUGGUACUCCUUAUAAUAGGAACAUGUAUAGCGUUGUCACAACUUUUGUCUUCAAUCCACAAAAAACAAGUUGAGUUGAACACAACAAUAUUCAAUAUGAAACAAUCAAAUGUUUCAUUUACAAAAUUGUCAAAUGGUAUUUUGGUGAACAAAACAGUUUUGGAUUUUAAUGAAGAAAUUGCAGAACUACCGAUUGGCGAAAGUACCCGACAAUUAAUUUGUAUUGGCAAUGCAAACAAAAAUCCAUAUAAGAUACAAUUUUCAAUAAAAGAAGAAGAGACAAAAUUCACACUGAAAAUAAAUCCUGAAUUGGCUGUUUUGAAACACGACGAAGCUUGCGAAUUUGAAAUAUUUAUUAUUCCAAAUUAUACCACUAAAAUUGACAGUAAAAUGGUAGUUAUAGCAAAGAGUCUCAAAGUUCAAAAAGAGAUUUAUAAUGAUAUCAAAAUUGAAGGGAAUACCGCUCUCUCAACAAGACUUGACCCAACUGAACUAAUUGAUAACGAAAAAGUUGGUGAAGGCAGUUUUGGAGUUGUUUAUAAAGGCACAUUCAGAGGCAAUUUAGUUGCAAUUAAAAAGCUUAAAAACAUCUUAAAUGAACAAAAUGUUCUUGAUGAAUUUACAAAAGAAGUUGAUAUGCUUGACAAAUUCCGAUGUGAUUAUAUUGUACACUUUUAUGGUGCAGUUUUUAUUAUUAACAAAAUGUGUAUGAUCACAGAAUUUGCAAAAUAUGGAAGUUUAAAUGACUUAAUAAAAAACAAAAAAGAAACAACAAUACAAAAAGAUGUUAAAAGCAAAUUCAUCAAUGAUAUGGCAAAUGGACUGAUUUAUUUACACACAAACGGUAUUGUACACAGAGAUGUCAAGCCGGACAAUUUACUCGUGUUUUCACUUGAAAUGAAUGACAAAGUUAACGCAAAAUUGACUGAUUUUGGAAGUGCAAGAAAUAUUAAUCUACUGAUGACAAACAUGACUUUUACAAAAGGCGUUGGAACACCAGUAUAUAUGGCUCCUGAAAUUUUGAAGAGAGAAAAGUACAAGAUGAGCGCAGACAUCUACUCGUUUGGAAUAACUUUUUAUGAAACUUUAAAAUGGGGAGAAGCCUAUGACAAAAACGAAUUCAAGUUUCCGUGGAAAAUAGCAGAGUUCGUUAUUUCAGGAAAAAGACUGGAAAGAAUGGAAAACAUGAGUGAAUGCCAAUAUAAUUUGAUACAAAAAUGUUUGAGCCAACGACAAGAAGAUAGGCCGAAUAUUGAUAAAGUUGUUGAACUUUUGAAAUUAUAA